UAGUGGCCUUGUUCUCCGCUUUUCAGUUUUGCUGAUUGACGACGUCGCCCUGCUCACUUCAGCCUGCGGCCCGCCAUCUCCUUGAGACCUAACACCAUGCCUUCAAUUAAGUUGCAGAGUUCUGAUGGAGAGAUAUUUGAAGUUGAUGUUGAAAUUGCAAAACAGUCUGUGACCAUCAAGACUAUGUUGGAAGAUUUGGGAAUGGAUGAUGAAGGAGAUGAUGAUCCAGUCCCCUUGCCAAAUGUUAAGGCAGCAAUAUUAAAAAAGGUCAUUCAGUGGUACACCCACCACAAGGAUGAUCCUCCUCCUCCUGAGGAUGAUGAGAACAAAGAAAAACGAACAGAUGAUAUACCUGUUUGGGAUCAAGAAUUCCUGAAAGUUGACCAAGGGACACUCUUUGAGCUUAUAGUGGCAGCAAACUACUUAGACAUCAAAGGUUUGCUUGACGUUAACUGCAAGACUGUUGCUAAUAUGAUGAAGGGCAAAACUCGUGAGGAGAUUCGAAAGACAUUCAAUAUCAAAAAUGAUUUUACUGAAGAAGAGGAAGCCCAGGUACGCAAAGAGAACCAGUGGUGUGAGAAGUGA